AUGCACACUGUAGAACUCAUUAAGAAAAACGACGGAGAAGACUCAUACAGACGUAGGCUGACCCGACAAGUUUCUAUGCACACUCUAAAUGGCUUCAACGAACUCCGGCUGAACGUCAAACUCUGCGAUGCGUCAUUGAUACUUGAUAGCGGUGAAAUAUUUCCGAUACAUCGAUCAGUGUUGAGCGGUUCAAGUGAUUACUUUAGAAUACUUUUCACCACUACAUUGCACGAAGGAGAAUACACGAAAAUACAUCUGAAAUCAAUUGAAAGUACUACGAUGGAAUUCAUUUUACAGUAUAUUUACAUGAGACAAAUUGACAUAAACUAUGACAACGUAAUGGAUAUCAUGCGGACAGCUGACUAUUUGUGCAUAGACGGCUUGGUGCAACUUUGUCAUGAAUUUGUCGUCGAAUGUCUGGGACCUGACAAUUGUGUAACCGUGUUGCAAUUUGCUGAUUACUAUUAUUUUGAAGAGUUGACGAAUGCGGCGUACAAAUAUAUCAUCAAAGAAUUUAUGACCAUUGCAGAACAAGGUGACGAGCUGAUGAAACUCCGACAAGAAGAAUUCAAACAAAUAAUCAAAGAUAACCAGUUGAACGUCAAACGGGAGGAGUGUGUCUGGGACGUGCUGCUGAAAUGGGUGGACAAGGACCCUGAAAAUCGAAAAAACGAUUUGUUGUUUCUGCUGCCUAAAGUCCGUUUUGGCCUCAUGGACUCUAAAUAUUUCAUCAAAAACGUCAAGGACCACCAUUACAUACAAAACCGGGAUGAUUGUAGGCCUUACAUAAUCGAGACCCUGAAGUUCAUGUACGAUCUACAGCUGACGUCGAGUGUAACUGAUUCGAUAGCGCCGACGCUCGCACGUCCCAGGUAUCCGUCCGAAGUUCUGUUCGCCAUUGGCGGAUGGAGUGGUGGCAGCCCGACUGCGAUUAUCGAAACGUAUGACACAAAGUCUGACCGAUGGACGAGGAUAUUCGAAGAAGACCCGCAAGGGCCGAGAGCGUACCAUGGCACGAUCGUCAUAAAUCAGUACAUCUACGUAAUCGGAGGUUUUGAUGGGUUGGAGUAUUUCAACUCUUGUAGGAAGUUCAACACGAUCACAAAAACGUGGGAGGAAGUAGCACCUAUGAACUGUAAAAGAUGUUAUGUCAGCGUUGUGUUGUUAGACGACAUUAUUUACGCGAUAGGUGGAUUCGAUGGACAUCACCGGCUGGGCUCCGCAGAAAAAUAUAAUUUUGAACGAAACCAGUGGACGAUGAUAGCACCAAUGACUUCUCAGAGGAGUGACGCCUGUGCAGCUGUGUUGAAUGGAAAAAUAUACAUAACCGGCGGUUUCAAUGGACAAGAGUGUAUGAACACAGCUGAGACUUACAACGUGGACACUAAUGAGUGGACGCUAAUACCAGCCAUGCAGACCAGACGCAGCGGCGUGUCUUGCAUAGCUUACCACAACUGUCUGUACGUGAUCGGCGGCUUCAACGGGCUGGUGAGGAUGAACAGCAGCGAGAAGUUCGACCCGACCACGAACCACUGGUCGCGAGUGGUGGAUAUGUUCAACCCGCGGAGCAAUUUCGCGGUGGAGGUACUCGAUGAUAUGAUAUUUGUGGCCGGUGGUUUCAACGGGGUGACCACCAUAGCGCAGGUGGAGUUCUACAAUGACUGCACGGACGAAUGGUUCGAGGCAAAAAACAUGCAAGUGUAUAGAUCGGCGCUGUCGGCGUGCGUCAUGAAAGAUUUACCAAACGUCGAAUAUUACAUGCCUCUGGACCGAGAUAGACUGGAGGAAGGCCGGAAAAACAUGGUUAGGAAUAAUCGGUCCACCAAUAACGAUGACUCAGUUGACAACGAACCCGUAAACACUGUCACCACUCAAGUGGUCAAUAACCAAAACGUCCAGGAGGAGGACGACGAUGUGAUAUUCGUCGAUGUCGUUUGA